UCUUACUAUAAAAACCCAAUCCAGAAACCGAGAAAAUUCAACCUUUCUAAAGUUCUAAAAGUCUUCGGAUUAUCGAAUAUUCUAAGAAUAAACUAGUUCAAACUACUUCGAUACAGUACUAAAUGAAUGUCACUGAGUUUAUCGAGUUGCUCCCUGGCUUGCCCGAAGAACUCGCGCUUGAGUGCUUGACUCGUCUGCACUACUCGACUCACCGAGUCGCCGCCCGAGUUUGCCGCCGCUGGCGACACCUUCUUCACAGCAAGAACUUCUACUACCACAGAAGGCAAACUGGUCAUACCAUUAAAGCGGCUUGCUUAGUUCAGUCACUCCCGGUUCUGCCCGGUUCAGACGAGGCUAAACCGGUUGGACCGCCAGCUUAUGGAGUGGCCGUGUUUGACCCGGUGAGUGGAAACUGGGACCGAGUUGACCCGGUUCCUGAGUACCCAGAUGGGCUUCCUUUGUUCUGUAAAGUGACGAGCUCGGAGGGCAAACUCGUGGUCAUGGGAGGGUGGAACCCGGUGAAUUAUGAACCGGUGAAGGACGUGUUUGUGUACGAGUUCACGACUCAGCAGUGGAGGAAAGGCAAGGACAUGCCUGAGAAUCGGUCAUUCUUCGCUGCUGGUGAGUUGGGUGGGCGAGUUUUCAUCGCGGGUGGACACGACGAGAGCAAGAACGCGUUGAGUUCAGCUUGGGUUUACGAUGUUAGAGAAGACGAGUGGGCCGAGUUGACUCGGAUGAGUCAGGGCCGAGACGAGUGCGAAGGGGUCGUAAUUGGGUCCGAGUUCUGGGUUGUGAGUGGGUAUGGGACUGAGAGUCAAGGGGACUUUGAGAGAAGCGCAGAGGUGUAUGAACUCGGGACGAGUCAGUGGAGGCGAGUCGAGGAGGCGUGGAAUGUGACUCAGUGCCCCAAGUCCUGUGUUGGUGUUGGAAAAGAUGGGAAGCUGUUUUGCUGGGCUGAGUCUAACUCGGAAGUCCGAGUUGGAGCUUGUGGGAUUGAGAUGGGUGGAAUGACGUUUCUGUCCGGGUCGGCUUUCCAAGGAGGAUCGCAAGGGUUCUUCUUAGUGAAAGGGCAAAAUGGUAAACUGGAGAGGAUAAUAGAAGUGCCCGAAGAGUUUUCAGGGUUCGUGCAAUCAGGUUGCUUCGUAGAGAUCUAAUUCCCAUUAAGGCAAUUCUUGAUACAUAUUGCCGUGUACAAAAUCAUGAGUGUACUUUAAGAAAUAGUGUAAAUUUUGUGGGAGGUUGAUUAGACUAAAGUAUAAUGUUUCUUUGUGCUUUGAGAUGAAAGUAACUAAGGUUGGUAGUUUAUCCCACAAA